AUCCCUCAGACUAGCAUGGCGUUCAGUAAAUAUCUGGAAUUACCGAUUGCUGGAGGCAGCCUUCGCGGGUCUGAGCACCGGCUAGUUGCGGACUCAGCCUACCUCCACAAGACCACUUUGCCUGGGAGAAAAAGCCAGGUGUGCGGGGUUAGCCCCGGCGCGCUGAGACCCGCCCCGCGCCCCGCCCAGAGCCGCAGCGAGGGUGCGCAUGCGGCGCCCGCCGUUUACGACGGGCCGGAAAGUAGUGGCCGCAGCCAGCGCCGGCUGAGCCGGGUCGCUAUGGGGAAAAUUGCGCUGCAGCUCAAAGCCACGCUGGAGAAUGUCACCAACCUCCGGCCAGUGGGCGAGGACUUCCGGUGGUACCUGAAGAUGAAAUGUGGCAACUGUGGUGAGAUUUCAGAGAAGUGGCAGUACAUUCGGCUGAUGGACAACGUGGCACUGAAGGGAGGCCGUGGCAGUGCCUCCAUGGUCCAGAAGUGCAAGCUGUGUUCAAGGGAAAACUCCAUUGAGAUUUUGAGCAGCACCAUCAAACCUUACAAUGCCGAAGACAACGAGAAGUUCAAGACGAUAGUGGAGUUUGAGUGCCGAGGACUUGAACCAGUCGAUUUCCAGCCCCAGGCCGGCUUUGCUGCUGAGGGUCUGGAAUCCGGGACAGUCUUCAGUGACAUUAAUCUGCAGGAAAAGGACUGGACUGACUAUGACGAAAAGGCUCAGGAGUCUGUGGGAAUCUACGAGGUCACCCACCAGUUUGUGAAGUCCUGAACCCUCUUCCUGCACACUUGCCUCUUAAGAACUGAAAAGGGACAACGUGCCCCAAGCAGCACAGUGCAGAGGCUGGUCCCCUCACGUCUCGCCUCCUGGCAGCUGCCCAGGCCCUCACAGCCUGCGUGCUGGGCUGUCACAGCGUCCCGAGCCCCACCAAUAAAGCCC